AUGGAGCAUUAUUGCAAAUUGAUUCAGAGAAACAUUGGUCUCAUCUUCUUCUCUUCAUUUCUUCUUUCCAUAAUCCUACUUCUAUCAACUCUAUACUCAUCAAACUCCUUCAGCAUCACCUUCUCUCAGUUUGAAUUAUAUGAUCAUGAAGAAGAGACUGCUUGUGACUUGUUUGUUGGCAAAUGGAUUAGAGAUUUUAGAGAACCUAUAUAUAAUAACUGGACUUGUCCUACAAUGCCUGGUCUGAAGAACUGCUUAAAACAUGGGAAGGACUCAGAUUACAUCUACUGGAGAUGGAAGCCUGAUAACUGUGAGUUACCGAGGUUUGAUCCUUCAAUGUUUCUUAGUAUUGUUCAAAGAAAAAAGCUCGCUUUCAUUGGUGAUUCGCUUGCUCGAAACCAGAUGGAAUCCCUUCUCUGUCUCCUAUCUCAAGUAGAGACUCCAGUGAGCAAACACAGAGAUGCUGAUGAUAAAUUUCAGACAUGGUACUUCCCAUCCCAUGACUUCACUCUCAUGGUCAUGUGGACUGAAUUCUUAGUAGUGGCAAAUGAGAGAAUAGUAAAUGGAAGAGCUUCUAAUGAGUUUGACCUGCAUCUGGAUAAGGUUAAUGGGACUUGGAGUGACAAAAUAGCAGGGAUUCACUAUACUGUAAUCUCAAGUGGAAAUUGGUUCUUUAGAACAAACUAUUUAUACAAAGGUGGUAAACUUAUAGGUUGUAUAUAUUGCAGAGAUUCAAACUUGAAAGACUAUGGCCCUGUUUAUGCUAUCAAGAGUGCUUUAAGUACAAGUCUUGAGUUCAUAAGUAAGUGUAAAGAUUGUGAAGAUAUGGUGACAGUGUUGAGGACUUACUCACCUUCACACUUUGAACAUGGUGCAUGGUUUGCUGGAGGAUAUUGUAAUAGGACUCAGCCUUUGAGUGAGGGUGAAGUGAGUUUAAAUGGAAGUUCUUGGAGAGUUAGAGAAAGCCAAGUUGAAGAGUUUGGCAAAAUAGUGCAAAGGGUUGAGAGGAAGGAGAAGAAGAGGUUUGUGUUGAUGGAUGUGAAUAAGGCUAUGAUGUUGAGAGCUGAUGGACAUCCAGGAUCACAUUGGCCAAGGAUUAGAGAUGUUAGUGAUUGCCUUCAUUGGUGCUUGCCAGGGCCUGUUGAUUUGUGGAAUGAGUUAUUGAUGGUGAUUCUAAGUAAAUAAUUAAUU